AUGGAUUCUGUCGAGAUUUCCGCCACGGUCUACCUGUGGACAGACUCCACCAUAGUGCUGGACUGGCUCGCCGCAACACCGUCAUCGUGGAAGACGUUUGUGGCAAAUCGCGUGGCUGAAAUCCAGGAACUCACCACACACGCGGUCUGGAGUCACGUUCCGUCAAAGGACAAUCCGGCCGACCUCAUCUCUCGCGGUAUGACCCUCGACGAGCUCACAGCGCACUCCCUUUGGUGGCACGGACCAGCCGGGCUUGAUGCACUGGACAUUCCGUGGCCAGUCAAGUAUGCAACGUCUAAAUCCACCAGCCUCGAAGCCCGCAAGAUAGUCGCCCUUGCUACCGUCGAAGAUGACCCGUCUCUGGAUCUGGUUCUCCGCUACUCAAGUCUCCGUUCAUUGCUUCGGAUCGGCGCCAUCAUUCGUCGGUUCUGUGAGAACUGCCUCCGCCACAAGAACCAGCAGGAACGUGUUGCUCUGCAUGAGCAUUUCGAGAAGGAACUGCGCCAACUGUCCUCGACUGGGAAGGGUGAAGCGGCCCGUAUUCUUGACCCGAUCAAGGUCAGCGAGCAGGGUUACAAGGCCGCUUGGCGGGCACUUACGCUGCGAUUCGAAAACAAGCGGCAGCUCAUCAAGUGUCACAUUCGAACGCUGUUUGACACUCCAGCGAUGCGUCAAGAAUCCGCCGAAGAUCUUCUGGCGCUGGUCGAUCGCUUCGAACAACAAAUCUCCGUAUUGAGAGUUUGGGUGAACCAGCCGACAAGAGGAAUUGCUUCGACAUCCAGCGCAACGGCUGAUGACUCGACCUCCAUGCCAUCGUACGUCCAGAUGGUGAAUUUCCUCCAGAACUAUGCUCGAGUCCUGCACGCAGUUUCCCCGGCCACAUUCGCUCUCUCUCCUCGCAACAAGCCCAAGCUUCCGCCUAAAUCAGCCGCAUUCCCAGUCGCAGCGCCGCCGAAGAUCGCAUCCAGUUCGACAUCUUCGAGUUCCAGUGCCAGCAAGUCGGAGAACCCCUGCGAGAAGUGUGGACAGGGGCACUACCUGUACCACUGUCCGGAAUUCCAGAAGUUGGACAUCGCGCAACGGACCGACCUGGUGAAACAAGAAAACAUCUGCCUAAAUUGCUUGCGCUCCUCCUCCCAUUUCGCCCGAACCUGUUCGGGCUCCCGCUGCCGCGUCUGCUCCCGAAAACAUCACACGCUGUUUCAAACGGACAGCAGCGAUACGAAGUCCACGUCCAGCACCCAGUCUGAAGAAUCUACCUGCUGCGUCGCUGUCGAAGAAAUGUGUCCAGUUCCGUCGAAUCAAGCGCAUUUGAAGUCCGUUGCACAAGUUCAAGCCCAGCAAUCGUGUACUCCUAGUACGUCAAUCGUUCCCUCUCUCCGUGUUCACGACAUUUCCGGGAAUCCCCAGUGCGCUUUGGUCUCGCAAUCCCAAGCCGUGAUCCCUGGAACCGUUUUUCUUCCAACUGCGCUCGUGAACAUCCGUAGCAGUAGAGGUCGCAUCUUUUCCGCACGAUGCUUGCUGGACUGUGCAUCCCAACGAAACUUCGUGUCUGCCGGACUCUGUGAGAAGCUCCAACUACCACGGACUCGUCUGCCACAGCCGAUGACAAUCAGCGGAAUUGGUAACACCACCACGCGCGUAGAGUACGAAGUAUGCGUGAGCGUUUCUCCCCGGAUUUCAUCUUUCUCCGUGAAAUGUUCGAUGCUGAUUCUUCCGUUGAUCACCGUGAAGCUUCCACAGUUCUCCGUUGACACCCGUCAAGUACCGGAGCACGUCAACCUCGCCGAUCCAACUUUCGCGGUCACCAGUAACAUCGACAUGAUUCUGGGAGCCGCCCACUUCUUCCGUGUCCUCCGCUAUGGCCGAAUCUCUCUCGGCAACGAUCUUCCGCUGCUCCAGAACACCGAAUUUGGAUGGGUCGUCUCCGGAGAGGGCAUGCUGGAAAAUCACGACCAUGAAGAUCCUCGUAACUGCCAGUUCAGCAAUCCCUGUACAAUCGACGAGCUAGUCAACCGCUUUUGGCAGCUUGAAGAGGUGCAGCAGUCAAAAGGCUGGUCUCCGUCCGAGCGAUACUGCGAGGAACACUUCGUCGAACACAUCGUCCGAAAUGCAGAUGGUCGCUACGUCGUCAAGCUCCCAAAGAGAGAAGAGUUGCUUCCCCGGUUAGACGAUAAUUGGUACAACGCUACGCGGCGGUUCUACUCCUUGGAACAAUCGCUGGCCAAAGAUCCAGAGAAGCAUGCCAUGUACCAAAAAUUCGUCCAUGAAUACCAAGCUCUCGGACACAUGAGGGAAAUUGAUCCCAACGAGCGAGACUGUAAAUCUCGCUACUAUGUUCCCCAUCACGCAGUCAUUAAGAUGGACAGCACCACUACCAAGCUCCGAACCGUCUUCGAUGCGUCUUGCCGGUCGAAAUCCGGUCUGUCUCUCAACGAUGUUCUCCUCGUUAGCCCCACCGUCCAAGACACCUUAGUCACGAUCGUCAUUCGCUUCCGAAUCACCGAAUUCGUCGUGUCGGCGUACAUUGAAAAAAUGUAUCGUCAGGUGCUAGUAUCGGAACAGGAUCAACCGCUGACUCGAAUAGUGUGGCGCGAUCAUCCGGAUCUUCCGCUGAAGAUUUACCAGCUACUCACCGUCACCUACGGCACCAGUUGUGCCCCGUUCCUGGCCGUCAGGACGUUGCAGAAGCUUGCCGACGACGAAGGAUAG